AUGGCAGGCAGCGAUGGACUGAGGGCCCCCGUCGCUGAUGCGGCGGGUCAAGUUCAAGAAGCUGAUGGACAGCAGACCGCGGGCGAAAAGACCUCGCGCCAGAGCAAUGUCUCGUCUCCGCGUCGGCCAUGGAAGCUCCCUGCCUUGCUGGAUCACUUCAACAAGCGCGAUCUCAAAGUCGUCUUCCGGUGCUGGAUCGCCACCUGGGUCGCGACGCUUCUCAUCUUUAUCCAGCCGUCGCUUGACAAGAUCGGCAUCGCCACCUUCUUCGCCGCCCUCACGCUCUACAUUAUUCCUCCCGCCACCAUCCUUUUUCCGUACCUGCUUUCCGCAUUCUCCGCCCUCCUGGGCAUGUGUCUGGCCUGGCUAUGGGGUCUACUCACGAUGAAGGCGGCCCUGGCGGCGCGGCCGGCGUCAGACACCAGCACGAGGCUCGCCGCGCUCGAGCAGGCCGCCGCGCAGAAGGCUCACGAAUUCGGCACCAACGCCGCGGAUGAGGCAAAGAUCCUCGUCCUGAAUGGCUUCAUGCUGGAUGCGCGGGUCACCGCCGUCUUCUACGUCAUGAUUUGCGUCUUCAUCUACGCACUGGCACGGCUACGAUUGACCAACCCAAAAUUCAGCUUCAUGCAGAUUUUUGGCACCAUUGUUAUCGAUGUCUUCUUACUCAAUGCGCCGAGCCUGCCUUCUUUUAACGGCAGCAUUGGAGGUGUCCUAGUGAAGCCGGGCGCCAUCGGCAUUGGCCUCGGAGCCGUGUCCUGCCUCUUGUUCUUCCCCCAAACCACCUCGUACGCCAUCAUGGCCAAAAUGGAGGGCCUGCUCCGCACAUUCAAUGCCACCAUAAAGGCCAGUGAUAGGCGCCUACGGAAAGAAACCAUCGACCUGGCGAGUCUCAAUGUUGACCGCGCAAGGUUAAUUGGCGUCUGGAAAGCCCUGCAGCCUCUCAUGUCGCUGCUGCCUCUUGAUGUUGCUCGCUGUCUUUGGAGUGCUGAUGAUCUUCUGACGCUGCACAAGCUCUUGCAAAAGGUCAUGCGAAAAAGCGUGGCGCUAAUCGACCUGCAUAUUGCGGCACUCUCUGCGGCAAACCAAGAGGAAAUGGUGAUGCACUAUCGAGAGGAGCAACUCAAGACUGCGACUCAGAAUGAGACAGGACAUACGAUUCGUCCAGGCCAUCACCAUUUACAAGAGCUUGCAACAAUAAUGAGCGCAUUGCAUGGCGCAGGAUACGGGGACCUCCCCGAUGGAACUGCGACGCCUGGGGAGCUUCCCUCGCGGCUCUUGACAACCUGUUCCGAGUCCAUCGACCUCGCCGCUCGCUGUAUACACGAGAUCAACAGCUGCCGCUGGAUCAAAAGAACCGCAAAGGAGACAGCUGGUACUUUUGCCGGCGAGUUGCAGGCCAAGUCUGAGGAGCUGCGAUUUUUACGAGAGCGCUGCGCUGCAGAGACGCCUGAAGCACUUCUUUCAGAUCACGAGGAUGCAUUUGAUGAGUCUGGUUACUUGCACUCCCAUAAUGGGAGUCGGAGCGAUCCAAUACCUCUUCGCGACCUUACAACAAACUUGGCACUCAACCAACACAUUAUGGACUUUUCUGCCGCACUUGAACCGUUGAUCGACCAUCUGGUUUUUCUUCUCCACGGACGGACGGAAAGCCGCAUAUGGCUGCCCAUCACUUUACGGCAUGCCAUAUCCUGGCUUGUGACUCCCAAGUCUUCCGAUCAAGAGUUGGGGACGGGCUUCGCUGCAGAUCAAACUCCAAGCUUGACCGAAGCAAAACAGGUUGCGCAAAGACGCACGAGUGAGCUCAAAAGCCUCAAGGGCGUCCGAGACCUCAAGCGAAACGCCAUGCCAAAGUCCCGUCUCAGCGCAAGCAUCAUCAUUUCGUAUAGGUGGCUGACGAACCCUGCCGGGAUGUUUGCAGCGCGUGUGGUCAUUGUCACCAUUGCGACAUCUAUACCUUCAGCGAUCCCAAGCAGCGCCGGUUUCUUCUACCGCGAGAAGGGUAUAUGGGCAGUCAUUACCGCCCAACUCACGCUGCUUCCCUUUAUGGCGGACUUUAUCGUUUCCAUCUUGUCGCGCGCCGCCGGUACAGUCGUCGGCGGUGUUCUGGGCAUGCUUGCAUGGUAUAUUGGCUCUGGAUCUGGCAACGGCAACCCGUACGGACUAGGAGCCGUCACCGCCUUUAUGACGGCUAUUAUCGUAUGGCUGCGUCUAUGGGCCCCGCACAUGUACACGGUUGCGGGCAUCAUGUGCGGCGCUACGUAUAUCCUCGUCAUCGGCUUCGGCUACGACAACCACCACAUUUCGACAUAUGGGCUUCCAGGCCAAGGUUACGUAGCGUUUUGGAAACGUGUCGUGACCGUCUUUAUAGGACUCCUCGCCGCUGCUAUUGUGCACAUCUUUCCGAAGCCGACGUCAGCCACGAGCCACGUUUGCCACGUACUGGCCAAGUCGGUGCGCCGAAUGUCGGAUCAGUAUGCCAUUUUUCUCCUAUCUCAGAAACGCCCUGCUGAGAAUAGCAGCCUGUGCGUCCUUGCCGAGCGUGACUCGUUUGAUCUCGGCCAUUCACUAUCUCUCCUGGAGCCAUCUAUCCAUUUGGUCAAGGCCGAGAUGAGCUUUGGACCGUUUGACCAGAAGCCAUUGCGAAAAGCUCUAGAGGAGUGUCGAAACUUGAACAGGUCACUGACGAGGCUUUUGAGUAUUACUCAUACACUACCGCCAGACCUCAAACAUCGUUUUGAAACCGUAAGUGGCCUGCUCGAUGACCAUGUCAUCGGCGACAUCAUGGCGGUUCUCCAUAUCAUUCAGGAAGCGUUCGAAAACGGGGCGUCGUUGCCGGAAAGGCUACCUACGCCUCUAACUCGAACAUUCUAUCAGGCGUGGCAAAGGCAAAGGCAUGAAAGGCCAAAUAGAGCUCUUUUGCGACACGAAAGUUAUCCUCAGUACUGCGUCGUGGUAUCUUCCUAUCUCAAGUUUCUAUCCACCAUUGACAAUCUCGUCCUCCUUCUUACAGAAACACUUGGAGAGUCUCACAUAUUAUUCGGAUGGGGUCAGGAAAGUGCCGUCUAG